UUCGGGUUGUGGCGUGGUGACAGGUUCUGCGACCUAAGACAGCCGUUAUCUUCCCAGGUUAGCGAGCUAGCCCCCUCCCCCGCCCCCGGCCUCGGGAACCCAGCGGCAGUGAUGGCUCCGGUGUCUGGUUCGCGCAGCCCGGAGAGGGAGGCCUCGGGCUCCAGGGCGAAGCGUCGCAGUUCGUCGAGGAGCCCUAAACCCAGCAAAUCCGCCCGCUCCCCGCGGGGCCGCCGCUCUCGCUCGCACUCUUGUUCUCGGUCUGGGGAUCGGAAUGGUCUCAGCCAUCAGCCAAGUGGCCUCAGCCAAGGCUCCCGAAACCAGCCCUACCGCUCCCGCUCGCGGUCACGCUCUCGAGAGCGGCCCUCUGCGACACGGGGCACCCCCUUCGCUUCUGCCUCCUCGUCCGCCUAUUAUGGCGGCUACUCACGCCCCUACGGGAGCGACAAGCCUUGGCCUAGCCUCCUGGACAAGGAGAGGGAGGAAAGCCUGCGGCAGAAGAGAUUAAGUGAGAGAGAGAGGAUUGGAGAAUUGGGAGCUCCUGAAGUAUGGGGACUUUCUCCAAAGAAUCCAGAACCAGACUCUGAUGAACAUACACCAGUAGAGGAUGAAGAGCCAAAGAAAAGCACCACUUCAGCUUCUACUUCAGAAGAAGAAAAGAAGAAGAAGAAGAAGUCUAGUCAUUCAAAAGAAAGGUCCAAGAAACGGAGAAAGAAAAAAUCAUCUAAAAGAAAACACAAGAAGUAUUCUGACGAUAGCGACAGUGACUCUGAUUCUGAAACAGACUCCAGUGAUGAAGACACAAAAAGAAGAUCAAAGAAAGCCAAGAAAAAGGAAAAGAAGAAGAAACGCAGAUCGAAGAAAUACAAGAAAAAGAAGUCUAAGAAGAGCAGAAAAGAUUCCAGUGACUCAAGCUCUAAAGAUUCCCAAGAAGAGUUUCUGGAGAAUCCCUGGAAGGAUCGAUCAAAGCCUGAAGAACCCUCAGAUUUAAUUGGCCCAGAGGCUCCAAAAACACUUGCCUCUCAAGAUGAUAAACCUCUGAACUAUGGCCAUGCUCUGUUACCUGGGGAAGGUGCAGCUAUGGCUGAAUAUGUAAAAGCUGGAAAACGUAUCCCACGAAGAGGUGAAAUUGGUUUGACAAGUGAAGAAAUUGCAUCAUUUGAAUGCUCGGGUUAUGUAAUGAGUGGUAGCAGGCAUCGCCGAAUGGAGGCUGUGCGACUACGGAAAGAGAACCAGAUCUAUAGUGCUGAUGAGAAGAGAGCUCUUGCAUCCUUUAACCAAGAAGAGAGACGAAAGAGAGAAAACAAGAUUCUGGCCAGUUUUCGAGAGAUGGUAUACAGAAAAACUAAAGGGAAAGAUGACAAAUAAAGAUUUUCAGAUUGUUCAGCAGACA